AUGGAAUUAGGUAACAUCCGUUGCAGUGGACCUGUCAUCUCUAGGGCAGAGCUAUUUCUGGAAGAGCAUCCAGGGUCUGGGGAAGGGGCAGCAGGCGCCACGUCGGGCCACGAAAGUGGCAAGAAGAAGCCCCUGAAGCAGCCCAAGAUGCAAACCAAAGAGAUGGAUGAGGAAGAUAAGGCAUUCAAGCAGAAACUGAAGGAGGAGGAAAAGAAACUCGAGGAGCUAAAAGCAAAGGCCGCGAGGAAAGGCCCCCUGGGCACAGGUGGAAUUAAGAAAUCUGGUAAAAAGUAA